AUGAUCGGACCCCAUUGCUCACCUACCUACGCUUCAGCGAAACCUCCUCCGUACUAUGAUACCCUAAGACCCGCCUCCGAUGUCGAAGUCACGAAUUCCCCGCAUUCGUCAGUUAUCAAUGAGCGCAAGCUCGUGGCCAAGAUCGACCGGCAUAUCGUACCAUGCCUCUGCGCCAUGUAUAUACUCUCAUUCUUGGACCGGGUCAACAUCGGGAACGCGUCUAUAAUGGGUCUCAAGGAAGACUUGAACAUCGAAAAUGGGACCAGGUAUAAUACCGCCCUGACGAUACUCUUCGUGCCUUACAUUAUCUUCGAGAUCCCGUCGAAUAUUCUGUUGAAGAAGUUCAAGCCGCAUGUUUGGCGUGCGUUUCUCCUGUCUUUUCAUGUGGUAGACCCGGCGCUGAUUGAAGACACGAGCAGUGCCGCUGUGUAUGUUUGGAUUUGGCUUUGUCACGAUAUGUCAGGGUCUUGUGCAGAACUGGGGCGGAUUGAUGACAACUCGAUGGUUCUUGGGCAUGUUCGAGUCGGGUCUUGUUACUACUUGAUCGGAAUGUGGUAUAAGCGCAGUGAGGCCCAGAAGCGGUUCAGUUUGUUUUUUUGCUCCACAACGGUGGCCGGGGCCUUUGGUGGGCUGCUUGCCAGUGGGAUCGGCGAGAUGGAUGGUCUCCGUGGUUAUCGAGGUUGGCGCUGGGUCUUCAUCAUCGAAGGACUCUUGACCUGUGUGGUUGCGAUUAUCUGUUUCUUCUUUGUGGGGGAUUUCCCAGAGGAUGCAAAAUGGUUGAGUGAGGAUGAGCGGAAAUUUGCUAUCGCGCGGCUUGCGACGGAUACAGGGAAAUCAGCUCCGCAGGCCCGAAUGGGGAUCAAAGAUGUUUUGGAUGUCUUCAAAGAUUACAAGAUAUUCGUUGCUGGAUGCAUGUAUUUUGGGGUUUGCAUCCCGAUCUACUCAUACGCAAACUUUGCACCGACAAUCAUCCAGACUUACGGCUAUGACACCAUCCAUACGCAACUCUUCUCCAUCCCACCCUGGGUGGCAGCAUUCGUCUGCUCCAUGCUCGUUGCAUACCUCUCCGACAAAUUCCGACAUCGCUACAUCUUCGCAAUGAUCCCAUUAUUGAUCGCGCUGGGUGGACUGGGAAUCCUACUGAACAUCUACGGCCCCAUGCAUCGGCACGUGCAAUACGGAGCCCUAUUUCUGGUCGUUAGCGGAUGCUUCAGCGCGCCGCCCGUCCUGGCAUGUUGGUUUGCUAUGAAUCUGGCUAGUCAUAGACGACGAAGUGUGGGUAUUGCCUGGAUGGUUGCGUUUGGGAAUUUGGGUGGGAUCAUUAGUCCCUAUUGCUUCCUGUCGAAGGAUGCCCCAGCUUAUCGUGAUGGGUAUAUCAUUUGCAUUGCAUUUGUCUGUCUCUCGGCUGCUACUGCCUCGAUCUACUUGUUCGGGGUGUGGUUAGACAAUGUGAGGCGGGAGAAAGCUGCUUCAAGUGGUGCUGUUGGAGAAAUUUCAGAAGAGGAAAAGGAAUUUAUGGGCGAUAUGGCACCUAGUUAUCGCUACGUUUAUUGA